AUUCUCGCGAUUGCUCCAAAACUUAAAUUAAUAACUUUCGAUGGUGACAUGACACUUUAUGGUGAUGGAAAAGACUUUGAACAAGAUUCAGAAUUAGUCAAGCUUCUUGUAAAAUUAUUAGAAUUUGAUUUUAAUGUAUGCGUAGUAACGGCUGCUGGAUAUCCAGGUGAUGCGCAACGUUAUGAACAACGACUAUCAGGCUUAUUAAAGGGGUUUGAGAAAACUUUACAACGAUGCAUUAACGACAUGAAGUUGCCAUGUACAAUAUUACGUAAGAGUAGAGCUGUUGGUAUUGUACCUCAACCAAAUGUCAAGAUUUUUAGGGAACAGCUUGAUGAAUGUGUUCUCUCAACCCAGCAUAGCCUGAUCAGCUACUUGCAAUCAUCAUCGGGCAAACAACAUUCUUUACCUUUUUGUGCAUUUAAUGGAGGAAGUGAUGUUUGGGUCGACAUUGGCAAUAAACUUAUAGGUGUACGGAUUUUACAAAAUUUUCUCGGAGCUACUCCUGCUGAAACUUUACACGUUGGAGACCAG